GGUGGAUAACGACAGUGAAGGGGACUGGGGAAGUGGGAACGUGGCUGGAAGGAGGCAAAGAGAGACCGGAUGUGACACUAGCACAUAUAAGAGAAGGUUAAUCACACCUGGCUGACAACCUGCAGGGUUUGUGAGCAUGUUUGUUGCAUAUGAGCAUACAGUAUAAAGGCAUGUCUGAGCUUCAGAAAUCCGAUGUGGCUGUUUUUGAAGAGCUGCAGCAGAGUUCAUUCUGCGGCUCUAAGGCAGGCCCAAGAGCAGAUACAGAGCACAGGAGAAAAGUUAACACUUUAUGAUGGAAUCUGCAGAGUUGCUGAAGACAGGUCAAGCUCGGCGUGAGCAGGGAAGUCCGCUUCAGGGCUUUGCUGAGGAAAUUACUCGUUCAAAAAAUGAGGAAGGAGAAGUUGGAGAGUUGGAGGGCGAGAUAAAGAAGUCAAAGAAAUGAAGAGGAAUGAGCUGCAGAGGAGACUGUGCUCGGAAAGAGCUGCUUCACAACGUCUCUCAGCCUUCUGGAGGCUAGCGCCUUGCUUGGAGCACCUCAACAUCUGCAGGAGACUGAACCAUUUGCUGUAGACCAGAUUUUCUCAGCUGGUCUGGGAUCCAAACUGGCCUCUUGUAGGAUUACAGGAACAUUUGCUUGUUGCUCAGUGGAGCGUCUAAUGUGGACAAAAUCUCCCAUCUGUGACCGAUUUGAACUUAAAGGCUGAAUCUUGAACACCGAGGCUGUUUAUCUCCUCGAGGAUGUAGUAGUGCGAGACGGCGGAGGAUAAUGUGAUGCAGAUGAUGCAGGUUAUCAUGCCCAUGCCAUGCUGAGAGGGAGGCCAGCUUUCGCGAGUGUGUAUCUGUGUUUGGUCUGUCUGCUCUCCCUGCUGCCGCCGCAACUGGCUGCCAAACCCUGCACUCGAGACAUCCUCAGACAGGUCAAAGUCCUCGUCAAACUAGCCCCCAGCUUGAAGUCGGUGGACUGCAGACUGUACACGCCCACCAUCGAUGACUACCAGAAUUGCCCCAGCUCAACCCUGAAGUGUUUUGCUGACGAAAUUAAAGUCCUCAUUGAAGAGUGGAGGACUGUUAGAAUACUUCCUCGUUUCACUUUAAACAUCAGCCUUACAACACUAGCGUCAAAGUUCAACCAGACGGAGUCAGAGUGUCGUCAGUGUGAGCUCUUCAGGGAGGAAGAAGCAGAAAACUUCCUCAAAGGUCUUCAGUUGACUCUGGAGAUGAUGAACUCUCAGCACUGUGUCAGGAUUCCUCCCCGAAGGAACUAUCAAAACUGACUUCAUGGCCCACUUUCCUCUUCAUAAACCUUUUUUUCUUUCUUUAGUCAAAUAAUAUGUGCAACAUGCAAAAUACACUGUACAUAAAUACACUCAUGUAUCCAGGGGUCACGUAAUGUGGCCAAACCACACAGAAAACUAGUAGUUUUGUUGCCUAAACAUGACCAAAUUGGGACAGA